UCAAAAAUGUUAAAUAUCGCUGAUGCUGAGAAAGAAUUUAAUAAAUUAUUGGAUCGAAUCGAACCACGAAUAAUUCCACAAUUUUUUACUUGGAUUAAUGAGAGUUUUUGUGUUUUGAAUGAUUUUGAUGGAAAAAAAGUGAAUUUCUCAACAACUGGUUUACAAAAUGAACGUCUAACAGAAGCUGAUGCGAUUUUAUAUAAAAUUUCUUUGGAUAUUAGACAUGAGGUUCCUCUAAAUGCAGUAUUGGAAUCUGAGAAUAUAUAUUGGCCACAGAUUGGUUUAGAUUCGGACUGUGAUCCUAAAACAACGGUUCGUUUUAUUGCGGUUCACGUCGAUUCGUUUUUAUAUGAUGAUGAUGCUGUUGAUGAUUUAGUGGAUCAAGGAAAAUUGAGUAGAAAUUAUUGCGUUCGUUGUGGCUCUUUAGAUGUCAAACCUUUGAUAUUUUUUUCACACUCGCUUAGCCUGCUUCAAUUGCGGUAUAUAUUUACAACGUUGGUGCCUUUAAAUGCGAAUAUGUCAGGGAAAUUAAUAUUAGAUAUUGGUUCGCGACUUGGUUGUGUGUUAUAUGCUUCCUACUUAUAUAGGAUUUCCAUUUUCUUUAUACCAGUAGAAAUUCGAAAUAAAAAAUGUGUUUUACUUGAUUCUGAUUUCAGCGAAGGAAAAGUUAAUACGGUUGGUGUUGAAGUAAACAAGGAAUUUUGUGCUCUUCAGAAUAAAAUUAUAGGAGAAAACAACAUGGCGCACUCCAUCAAGGUAAUAAAUGAUGAUAUAAGGAAUCAAGGACACCUCGUUGCUUCUGCUGAUGUGGUUGUUUUAAAUAAUGUCUUCAGUUUUUUCCUACCUCCAGAAGAACAAAUUAAUUGCUGGAAUUUCCUACAUCGAGCAGUUCGUCGUGGUGCUGUAAUUGUUUCAAUUCCCUCGAUGGAGAUUCUCACCGAACAUUUGCAGUUGGAAUUUUCUAUCAGUGACUGGCUUGAUAAGAUCGACAGUGGACAUUUGGCCGCACGAUUUGCUGGUACCAAUGAAGAUUUAUUUGACGAUUGCGUAAAAAUCACUUUAUAUAGUGUAAAAUAA